AUGGAGCGCUUCUUGGGCUUUGUCAAGCAGAUUAGAAGAUCCAGAAGAAGAAAAGGCAAAAAGUACCGUCCAGAAGAGGAUUAUCAUGAGGGCUACGAGGACGUCUACUAUUACGCCUCGGAGCAUUUUCGAAAUGAGAGUCCUUACACAAAGUCUGCAAACCAGGGAAGGGCACCUGAUGGAGCACUGUCUGUGAGGAGACAGAGUAUUCCAGAGGAAUUCAAGGGCUCAACAAUAGUCGAAUUAAUGAAAAAAGAAGGCACCACCCUAGGGCUUACAGUAUCGGGUGGAAUCGACAAGGAUGGGAAACCAAGAGUAUCUAACCUUCGUCAAGGAGGAAUUGCUGCUAGGAGUGACCAGCUGGAUGUAGGGGACUACAUCAAAUCUGUGAAUGGAAUCAACCUGACCAAAUUUCGCCAUGAUGAGAUCAUCAGCCUGCUCAAGAACGUUGGCGAGAGGGUUGUUUUAGAAGUGGAGUAUGAGCUGCCUCCAGUCUCUGUACAAGGAUCAGGUCUCAUUUUUAGAACUGUGGAAGUUACUUUACAUAAAGAGGGGAACACUUUUGGAUUUGUAAUAAGAGGUGGAGCACAUGAUGACAGAAAUAAAUCUCGUCCUGUUGUAAUAACAUGUGUUAGACCUGGAGGGCCUGCUGACAGAGAGGGCACAAUCAAACCUGGGGACAGGCUGCUGAGUGUUGAUGGGAUCCGACUGCUCGGAACGACACACGCUGAAGCCAUGAGUAUUCUCAAACAAUGUGGACAGGAGGCAACUCUGCUGGUGGAAUACGACGUCUCAGUGAUGGAUUCAGUAGCAACAGCAUCUGGGCCCCUGCUAGUUGAAGUUGCCAAAACUCCUGGUGCUGCUCUUGGGGUUGCACUAACUACCUCGAUGUGCUGCAACAAACAGGUCAUUGUCAUAGACAAAAUCAAAUCUGCGAGUAUUGCAGACAGAUGUGGUGCAUUACAUGUAGGAGACCAUAUUCUGUCCAUUGAUGGCACCAGCAUGGAGUACUGUACGCUGGCAGAAGCGACGCAGUUUUUGGCUAAUGCGGCGGAUAAUGUCAAACUUGAGAUCCUCCCUCACCACCAGACACGACUGGCACUGAAAGGCCCAGAGCACGCAGCUUUGGUGUCUUCAUCCUUCUCUCCUACCUCCAUGAGUGCAUACAGCCUGAGUUCCCUGAACAUGGGGACCUUACCUCGCAGCCUCUACUCCACCAGCCCACGUGGGACAAUGAUGAGGCGGAGGAUGAAAAAGAAGGACUUCAAAAGCUCCUUGUCUUUAGCCUCUAGCACUGUUGGUUUGGCUGGGCAGGUCGUCCACACAGAAACAACAGAAGUGGUGCUGACAGCUGACCCCAUAGUAGGGUUUGGGAUACAGCUCCAGGGGAGCGUGUUUGCUACUGAGACCUUGUCUUCUCCACCUCUCAUUUCGUAUAUUGAGUCUGACAGCCCGGCAGAAAGGUGUGGGGUGCUGCAAAUAGGAGACAGAAUAGUGGCAAUAAAUGGUAUCCCGACGGAGGACAGCACAUUUGAUGAGGCCAAUCAACUGCUCAGAGACUCCUCCAUCACCAACAAGGUCACUUUGGAAAUUGAAUUUGAUGUUGCAGAAUCAGUUAUACCAAGCAGUGGAACAUUUCAUGUGAAACUACCAAAGAAGCAUAAUGUGGAGCUUGGCAUCACCAUAAGUUCUCCAUCCAGUAGAAAACCAGGAGACCCUCUGGUUAUUUCUGAUAUCAAGAAAGGAAGUGUUGCUCACAGAACUGGUACACUGGAACUGGGUGACAAGUUGCUUGCCAUAGAUAAUAUUCGACUUGACAACUGCUCAAUGGAAGAUGCUGUCCAGAUUCUUCAGCACUGUGAGGACCUUGUAAAGUUAAAGAUCCGCAAAGAUGAAGAUAAUUCAGAUGAACAGGAGAGCUCUGGAGCAAUUAUUUAUACAGUUGAGCUCAAGCGCUAUGGUGGGCCUCUUGGAAUUACAAUCUCUGGUACUGAAGAACCCUUUGAUCCCAUAAUCAUUUCCAGCCUUACAAAAGGAGGAUUAGCCGAAAGGACUGGGGCAAUUCACAUAGGAGACAGAAUCCUAGCAAUAAAUAGUAGCAGCCUGAAAGGAAAACCUUUGAGUGAAGCCAUUCAUUUAUUACAGAUGGCAGGAGAAACUGUCACCUUGAAAAUCAAGAAACAGACAGAUGGUGAGUAAGCUACCAGUCCCAAGAAAUUUUCUGUCCCUGUGGGUCACAUAAGUGAACUGAGUGAUGCUGAAGAUGAAACUUCUGCUGCACAGAAAUCUGGCAAACUCUCAGACAUCUAUUCCACUACAGUCCCAAGUGUUGACAGUGCAGUGGAGUCGUGGGAUGGCUCUGGUAUUGAUACCAGCUUUGGAAAUCAAGGACACAGCUAUCAGGCUUCAGGAUACAGCUUCAAUACUUACGAAUGGAGGAGUCCCAAACAGACUAGUUUGUCCCCUCCAAGCAAACCACUUAACCAUCCUUUUCAGGAUACAGGGCUGAGUGAUGAGGAGUGGGACCGACCUGCAGCAGCAAGCAGCUUCACAGGUACCCAUGAUAACACCGAGGCUGACCAGGAGGAAAAUUUCUGGUCUCAGGCUCUGGAGGAUUUAGAGACCUGUGGCCAGUCAGGAAUUCUGAGGGAACUAGAGGACAAGGCUGACAGGCGUCUGUGUUUGAGAAACAUGACUCUCUUGGCCACAAUUAUGUCAGGAAGUACAAUGAGUUUGAAUCAUGAAAACCCACAGCCUCGUAGCCAGCUGGGAAGACAAGCCAGCUUCCAGGAAAGAAGUACUGUAAGGCCACAUUACAGUCAAGCUACUCGUAGCAACACAUUGCCAUCAGAUGUGGGGAGAAAGUCCAUGGUUCUCAGAAAAUUUAAGCAAGAAAUGAAAGAAAUUAUGUCACCAACUCCUGUGGAGUUACACAAGGUAACUUUGUACAAGGACUCUGAUGGAGAAGACUUUGGAUUCAGUGUCUCAGAUGGUUUAUUGGAGAAAGGUGUGUACGUUAAAAACAUCCGACCAGCUGGCCCUGGUGACCUGGGAGGUUUAAAACCAUACGACAGACUCUUACAGGUAAACCACGUCCGCACCAGAGACUUCGACUGCUGUCUGGUCGUGCCCCUCAUCGCAGAGUCUGGCAAUAAGCUGGAGCUGGUGAUCAGCAGAAACCCCCUGGCUUCCCAGAAAGGCAGCUCAGAGCCACAGAAUUCCACCAGUGGGGAGUGGAGUGAUCAGCACAACGCUGCCUUCCUGCAGCAGAGCGGCCGGGCCAGUGUCAGCACAGAGACACGGGAUCCUACCAACACCUUAUAG